AAGUAAGCAAGCUAAUAAAGUUUACUACUUUAGUCUAAUAAUGAAAUUAUACCAAAUUUUAUUCUUGUCGUUAGCCGUUGGGCUCGUAAUCGCCGACUCUUCGUCCUCGAGCUCAAGCGACUCGUCCGACUCGGACUCGGGCUCCGGUCAUAAACACCAUAAGAAGCACAACCAUAAGGGCAAAGACCACGUGGUGUACGUUCCCGUCCAACGCUACGACCCACAACCAGUAGUGGUACGCGUGGAGUUUGACCUGAUCACUUUGUUCAACGACAACCAUCUUGGUGAAUUGGCCGUCAAGUGCCAAGAUCGUUUGUACGAUUUGGGCAACAACUUGCGCUCAUUCUUCACCUACCUUGCCAAUGACCAUGAUAACUUUGACUUCAACAUGAAGGACGACGCUGCUCAAUUGCUGGAAGACCUGCGACAAGGGCUGCAACAUUUUGGCGACAAACUUGGUCAUAAGGGUAGCAAACAAUUUGGGGACAGACUGAAGAGGGUAGAAAACCGUUUGGACAAACUCAGAGACUAUAUGCGCAAAUCGUUUGACGAGAUCACUAAACACGAGCACGAGGGCCAUCACGACUCAAUCUACCGAGAGCACAAACUGGGCGACACCCUGGUCAAACUGAGCGAGAACCUUGGUGAAGCAGUUGGUGUGGAUAACUUGGAUCAAUUCCAACACGUUCUCUAUGACUUCUACCACGACAUCGGCACCGCUUUCGAUCGCGCUCUCGACCGACAGCUGGACUACGUUAGGGCGGGCGCGAGUCGAGUGCCCACGAAAUACACCUAUUUGUUGGACUUUCACAACGAAUGGAACGCAGACUUUGUGGACAUUAUCAACACUUUCAACACUUAUAACUCGGAUGAUGUCGUUUACACCAUUCAGUUCUAAAAUUCCAGCAUGAUCACUUUCUAAAUGUGUCAUGAUUUAAAUAUUGUCAAAAUAAGCAUUAAUAAAUAGCAUUCUUAUUAUUAAAACUUUAA